UGGAAAACCAGAAGAGAUCUUUAUGAGUUCUACUUACUGAUCUAGUCUAGUAAAUCAGAGGUGCGAUGUCUUCAGAGUAUCUAUAUAUGUGACCGCACAAUCUGUACAGAAUAAAAAACUAUUGGAAAGAGGCAUCAAACUAUUCAAGAGCAUUUCGCAAGACAGAAGAAUCUCCAACGCAACAGAGGAUCUUCUUUGCUCUAACGACCUGUUUGCUCUUUCAAUUCUUGGGAAGAGGAGAAGAAGAAGAAGAAGGAAGAGGAGGAGGAGGAGGAGAAGAAGGAGAAAAAGAAGAAGAAGAAGAAGAAGAAGAAGAAGAAGAAGAAGAAGAAGAAGAAGAAAUAUCAGGAUAUUAUUGCACAUUUUGAUACGUAACGAUUGCCUAUCUACUUCUACAAGAACACUAAAUCUCCGUAUAUAAUCGGUAUUAUCUGAGAGCAUGGAGAUCGUCUAUACCAAUGCCCCUGACACACUUAACAUCACUGAAUAUGAUGAUUAUUUUGAUGUUCUACAAAAAAAAGUAGACAUUGCAAACAGUUUCUAUAUGACGAUUUGCUCUGUGGCUUUUUUAAUAGGAACAACAGGAAAUGGGCUGGUCAUCUGGUUCACUGUCUUUAGGUUAAAGAAGACGCUCAACGUCAUGUGGUUUUUAAAUUUAGCUGUAGCCGAUUUUAUGUUAACCUCUUUUCUACCAUUCAGCAUUUCUACCAUUGCCCUUAGGCAUCACUGGCCUCUUGGAACCUUCAUGUGCAAGUUUAACGGAUUUAUUGUCAGCCUCAGUCAGUCUGUCAGUGUCCUCCAGCUAACGGCUAUCAGCAUAGAUCGUUGUAUCACUGUAGUCUUCCCUGUUUGGUGUCAGAAUCAUCGAACAACAAAACUGGCUUCAGUUGCAAUCCUGGUUAUUUGGAUCAUUUCUUUUGCUUUCAGUUUACCACUACUUAUAUUUAAUAAAACAUAUCAGAUUUUUGAUAACUAUAUAGUUUGCUAUACAGCUUCCUAUGAAAUGUUUGUUACAAAUGUGAUACUGAGAUUCAUAAUGUUCUUUGUUCUUCCUUUCACCGUAAUUGUCUCAUGUUACACCAUAAUUGCCAUUCACAUCCAAAGAAAACAUAUCAUCCAGUCUUCCAAGCCUUUUAAAAUUAUUGCAGCUGUAAUAUCAUCAUUCUUUGUCUGCUGGCUUCCUUUACAUAUAUUUCUUCUUCUGAAUAUAUCUGAAAGCAAUGCUUUCUUUUAUAUAGUAGUCAUUGGAAUGCCAGUUGUCUCUAGCCUAAUCUUCAUCAAUAGUUGCAUUAAUCCCCUUAUUUAUGUCUUUAUCGGUCGAGAAUUCAAGGAAAAAUUCUGGAGCUCUAUCCAGGCUACAUUUGAGAAAGCGUUCUCUGAGGAAACUGAUAAGAAAAAAGUCAGUUUAGGCCACAACACUCAAGUUUGUCCGGAAUAUAAUCAAGAUCACAAAGGAGAAGUCAUAUAA